UUUUUCCUAAAAAUUUAUUAAAGCAGUUUUAAGCGAUCAGCAAGUAAAAAUGGGUCUUUACGUAUUUAUUUAUUUAUUUAUUUUUCUAUGUAUGAUAAGUACUGUAAAAUUAGACGAAGAUGAAUAUGCGUAUCCUUCGAGAUUAUCAACUCUUGAAGAAUGCAGACGACCCUGUACGAACUAUGAACCACCUCGACGUUGCUAUUAUCAUUUGGCUAUCGAGUAUUUUCACACUAUGGGGACUCCUUGCUUUUCUUGUCGACAAAAUGGUACGGAUCAAUUAUUGAAUAAACCAAAUUGUCAAUGCAUUGAAGCUGAUGGUAAGAAGAGAACAAUUUUAUCAAUUAACAGACUACUUCCUGGUCCAAGCAUUCAGAUAUGCGAGUUUGAUACGUUAAUAAUAGACGUGGAGAAUAAAGCAGAAGGACUUGAAGUGAGUUUACAUUGGCAUGGACUAUUUCAGGAAGGUUAUCAAUACUAUGAUGGUGUUCCAAUGGUAACCCAAUGUCCAAUAAUGGCCGGAAGUACUUUUAGGUAUCAAUUUCGUGUCAACAAUGCUGGUACGUUCUUCUAUCAUGCUCAUGUGGCAACACACAGGAUGGACGGUGAAUUUGGUAGUUUAAUUGUACGCCAAAGUCCUAAUCGAGAUCCCAAUUGGCAUCUAUAUGAUGAAGACCUUCCCACUCAUAUAAUAAUGAUGCAUGAUUGGUUUCAUUAUCUAUCAAGUGAACAGCAACCAGGCAUCUAUACACAAGUUAUAAAACCACCAGAUAAUAUUUUGAUAAAUGGGAGAGGUCGAUUUCAGGACCCAGAUGGAAAAGUAACUAACGCGACUUUAGAAACGUUUUACGUUGAACCAGGAAAAAGAUAUAGAUUCCGAUUGAUAAAUGCAUUCAGUUUAAGAUGCACCUCAAUGUUUACAAUCGAAAAUCACGAAUUAACCAUCAUUGCACAAGAUGCUUCUUCAGCUAAUCCAGAAACUGUAACAUCCUUAAAUACCGGAGGAGGUGAAAGAGUCGACUUUGUCAUAACAGCGAAUCAAAAACCAGGAUCCUAUUGGAUUCAAGUACGAGGAUUUAAUGAUUGUGCACAGAAAGAAAAUCAACAAUUGGCAAUUCUUUCCUAUCGUGGUGCUUCUAAAACACCUAUGUCAUCAAUGCCUACAUACAGAAAAUUUCUUCCUGAAGGAAAAGUGUAUAAUCCUAGGAACGGUAAAUGUGACCAGUCUAGUCCAAAUGCUAUUUGUAGUAAUCAGCUUAAAGGUACAGAACUUUUAAAUGAGAGACUGAUUGUGGGCGAACCUGAUGUGAGAUUUAUUCUUCCACUUGAUGUACAUGCUUUUGAGUUUGGGGAGAAAAAUCCUUUCUACAGUACCAAUAAUUUUCAUAAACUAUCGCCAUAUCCCACGUAUCCUUUUACUGCUACUGCAACAACGGAUGGUAUAGUUUACGUCCCUCCUUCGGAACUAUUAAUUACAAGUAAUUUUGGUUCCGAGGAUAUGUGUAAUAGACGAUACGUUUCUACAAAUCAAUGUCCAAAUCCUUGUUACUGUACCCACGUUUUGGAUAUUGACUUAGGUUCGGUAGUAGAAAUUAUUUUAUACGACAAGGCUGGAGUAGACCCUGUUUUCCAUCCAUUUCACUUACAUGGAUAUAAAUUUACUGUUUUGAAAAUCGGACCCGAAAGGACUCAAAAUAUAUCUCUUCAGGAUGUUAAUUCAAUUUUGAGGGAACAUCAAAGAGUUCUACAUACUUCUGGCUACAAUCCUUAUUUAUCCAUGAAAGAUACUAUAAUUGUUCCUACAACAGGAUACGUUAUAUUGCGUUUUAUUGCCAAUAAUCCAGGUUGGUGGCUCUUUCAUUGUCAUAUCGAUUGGCAUAUGGUUGAAGGAAUGAAUAUGAUUCUCCAUGUUGGAGGUCCUAGACAUCUUCCUCCAAUUCCACCAAAUUUUCCCAUGUGCGGUUCUUGGUUACCACCUUACUAACUUCUGUGACUAUAAUUUCUUUAUAAAUACGCAACUUAGAUCAUUCUAAUUUAUACAAAAAUGUUUUAUGCUGACUUUACAUCUACUGUAUAUGUGUGUAUUUAAAUCUUCGAUUAGUAAGCAGCUGGUAAUAAAAGAAAAUUUGUGUAAC